UUUGUAGAAAUUUCCAGGAUAUUCUUCUAUGGAUUGAUUCCCUUGAUGAAUAUUAUUAUAAUCUUGAAACAAAGUUCGGGAAUGGUCAGAAGUGAUGUAUAGUACUAUGGGAGGCCAAACUGGGGUUACCGGGACUCCACAAAAUCCUCAACCCAAUCCUUUUGGGAAUACAUUCUACGGAGCAGGAUCUGGGCUCAUCCGAAGUGGUCUAGAAGCAUAUGGAGAGAGAUUUUUGGGCUCAAGCUCCGAAUUCAUGCAAAGCAAUAUCAGUAGGUACUUCUCUAAUCCACAAUACUAUUUUCAAGUGAAUGAUCAGUAUGUGAGGAACAAGUUGAAAGUUGUUUUGUUUCCCUUCCUACACAGGGGACAUUGGACGAGAAUAACUGAGCCAGUUGGUGGCAGGUUGUCAUACAAACCUCCUGUAUAUGACAUCAAUGCUCCAGAUUUGUAUAUUCCUUUGAUGGCCUUUGGCACCUACAUAAUUCUCGCAGGCUUUUCUUUGGGUCUAAUGGGGAGGUUUAGCCCCGAAGCUUUGAGCCUGCAGUUUACUAGAGGUUUGGUCGGCUGGGUUCUACAAGUAAUGCUACUGAAGGGUUUGCUGUAUUCCUUAGGAAGCGGCGAGGCUCCUCUUUUUGACAUAGUUGCCUAUGGUGGGUAUGCUUAUACUGGAAUUUGCAUUGGCGUGCUUGCGAGGCUUUGUUGGAGCUACUCAUAUUACUUUGUGAUGCCUUUGAUGAGUUUGUGUAUGGGGGUUUUCUUGGUGAAAACCAUGAAGAGGGUGCUUUUCUCUGAGAUGAGGACAUAUGAAAAGCGUUCAAGCAGGCAACACUAUGUCUUGCUCUUCAUGGCCCUAGCACAGUUUCCUUUGUUCUUCUGGCUGGGCAAUCUUGGGCUUUGAAUACCUGUAACUCUUAUUGUUCUCUUAGGCUACUUUUUUAACUUAAAUAUGUUAUAUGUAAAAUCCAAUGACUGGUUUCCAGUACUAGAAAUUAGAAGAAAAAAUAAGGCUUUUGGAUUAUUAACUGCAUUUGGUGUAUUAUAUAUCCUAAAGACCUGUUUGUAUUGUCAAGUUAUUUCUUGGAAUCUAUAGUAAUGCCUGAUAUAGUUUUGAGAAGAAAAUACCUUUUUAAUA